GGUAAGGCUUUACCCGGCUGUUGUGGUGGUUUUGAAGUACAAAUUCGAACGGUGCAGUAAAAACUCAAAAGGUGGACUGCAGAGAUUCAAGAGAAGAGGCAAAACAAGAUUCAUAGUCGUCUAAAGUCUUUGAAGCAUUCUUCUAGGCUUUCUGGAAAGGUAAAACCGGUCGUUUCAAAUUGAUUCUCCCGAUUGCAAUCCCAUCCAAUCCUUUUUAGAAUCUUUUCCCACGUUUUGCUCUUCUUCUCUUUUCAAAGAAAAAGAGUCCAGUUUGAGUAAAAAUUUGCUUGCUUCAUUCACUUCUUCUGCUGCUGCUGCAUUUAGAUUGUACUAUGAAACUUAGUGAUGAGUUUUUAUCUUCACAGUUCCAAGAAGGCUUCUUUUGUUGAUUCUUGAAGCCUCCCAAGUCCCACCAUAGAUUUAGAUUGCCUUAAACAAAACCAUUGUUUUUGGGAUGGCAAAGAUUCCACCUUUUUCUCUGGAAAUGCUGAAUCUUGGAUGACAUGUUUUCAAGCCCUUACUCAAGCAAGAUAGAUGAUGUUCCGGAAAAGUGUGAAUUUUUUAAAUGUUAUUUUAAUGGCAUUAUUUUUAAUUUUUUUUAAAUGGCUCCGCUCAGUCUUCUUUCAUUUUCUAGAUCUAAUAAGUUGCUUCAUUCAUCUUUCCAUAAAGUUCUGAAUUUUUUAAAAACAUUUCCAUUCAUAUUCGUUCACUCAUUAAUGCUUCUGGGUUUCAAUGGUACUGUGCACCCUUACCAAUAAUGUUUCAAAGGAUUCCUAAUAAAAACAAAAACAUGAAAGGAAGUACUCCACAGUCCACACAGAUCAUCUUCAUCAUCAUUAUCCGUAUAAAUCUUGUACUCACAAGAGUUGCCAACUACUUGUGUAGGAAAGUUCCGAUCGGUCUUCAGGCAUUCCUUCACGAAUAUGAUGGUCGGAGGGCCGAGAAACAGCAUCUGAUAAAACUGCCGUCACGGCCGCCCACUGGGCCUUCCAUAGUUCCAUGACUCCAUCAGAGUCAAGUUUUCUCUGCCUCUGCUAUGUUUCCGCUAUCUCCUAUCCUCUUUCUUCCGCUCCUAUCUAGCGUAGCAGGUCAUUUCCUUCCCCGUGAAGACUACAUUUAAUCUAAUUUUCGUCAAUGAUGGGGAAUAUCUGAGCAAAAAUGGAUCUCUGUGAAGACAGUUCAAGGUUCGGGUCAUUCCCAGCCUUAACUUCGAGAAACCCCUCAUCUUCAUCAUCAGCAUUCUUUUCAGCAAAUCAGUCACCUUUCAUCUCUCCCAGAUCCCCAAAAGGACCUUUACCCCCAGAUAUUAAUCCGGGGAUGAUUUUGGAAAAUGCUCAAUUAUCUGCCGAUUCUUGUCCCACCACCACUACUAGUAAUAAUAAUAACAACAUUCAAAAGACGGAUUUUGGUUUAAUAUCUUCUACGUCCAUCUCCAACAGCCCAGUGUCAACUUACAACGUUGACUAUGAAUACGAAGAACAUAUGAGGAGGAGACAUAGAGGAAAGCAGAAAUAUAUGGAUAAAGCGUAUGAGACUUCAGUCACUCCAACCUCCACAUCUUCUCUCUCGAGUCGAGUGAAGAGUUGCGAUGUGUAUAUAGGCUUCCAUGGCAAGAAAUCUUCAUUGUCAAGAUUUACAAACUGGCUUCGCGCUGAGUUGGAGUUUCAAGGGGUAAGUUGCUUUGUGACAGACAGAGCAAAGUGUAAGAGUACGAGGAAGCAUAGCAUGAUAGACAGAGUGAUGGACACGUCCGCGUUUGGGGUUGUCAUCUUAACCCGGAAGUCAUUUCGGAACCCGUACACCAUCCAAGAGCUCCGUUUUUUCUCCAGCAAGAAGAUUUUGGUUCCGAUCUACUUUGAUUUGGGUCCGGAUGAUUGUCUUGUGAGAGACAUAAUUGAGAGGAGAGGGGAGCUAUGGGAAAAGCACGGCGGGGAGCUUUGGGUCCACUAUGGCGGCCCUGAGAAGGAAUGGAGAGAUUCCUUGAACGCCCUUUCACGCGUAGAUGAGUGGAAACUUGAGGCCCACGAUGGGAAGUGGAGGGAAUGCAUUCUUAGGGCUGUCACGCUUUUGGCCCUAAGGUUAGGGAAGAGAAGCAUUGUCGACAGGCUGACAAAGUGGAGGGAGAAUGCAGAAAAGGAAGAGUUCCCUUUUCCGCGAAAUGAGAAUUUCAUUGGCAGAAAGAAGGAAUUGUCCGAACUUGAGUUCCGUCUUUUUGGGGAUGCAAGUGGGGAUAUAGAGGCACGAUUUUUCGAACUGCCGAGGCGUAAGAAUCUGACAAUCCGUAGUAGGAGUAGGAGUAGCUCAUUCGAAGAAAUUAGGCGGAAGAAGGGGAAGGAGCCUAUGGUUUGGAAAGAAUCUGAGAAAGAGAUUGAAAUGCAUAAUGCUGAUUUUGUUUCUCAAAAAACCGCACAAAAAACAAAGAUUUUCCGGAAACAUGGGCGGCGGAAGAGAUCCAUGAAAGUUGUGUAUGGUAAGGGAAUCGCUUGUGUGUCGGGUGAAUCAGGUAUCGGGAAAACUGAACUGCUUCUCGAGUUUGCUAACCGGUUCCAUCAGCGGUACAAGAUGGUUCUUUGGAUUGGGGGUGAGAGUAGAUUUAUCAGACAGAACUAUUUGAAUCUUUGGCCGUUUCUAGAAGUUGACGUAGGGGUGGAGGGCUCGCCUGAGAAGAGCCGGAUGAAGAGCUUUGAGGAGCAAGAGGAGGGCGCAAUAAGUAGGGUCCGCAAGGAACUCAUGAGAAGCAUCCCUUUUUUGGUCAUAAUUGAUAACUUGGAGAGUGAAAAGGAUUGGUGGGACCGUAAGCUUGUGAUGGAUCUUCUUCCCCGUUUCGGCGGAGAGACACAUGUCAUUAUCUCAACACGUCUCCCACAUGUGAUGAACCUUGACCCUAUCAAACUAGGCUACCUGUCUGAAAUAGAGGCAAUGUCUUUAAUGCAGGGUGGCACUAUCAAGGAUUACCCAAUCACUGAAAUCGACGCUCUCCGGAGCAUUGAGGAAAAACUGAAAAGGUCAACCUUGGGUCUUGCUAUUAUCGGGUCGAUCCUCUCUGAACUUCCCAUAACCCCGACCCGACUGUUGGACACCAUAAAUCGCAUGCCCUCAGUGGAUGUGAUUUCCAGUGACAGAAGAGAGACCAUAAACCAUCCGUUAAGGCAAAAUGUCUUCCUUUUAAAGCUCUUAGAGGUUUGUUUCUCUAUAUUCGAUCAUGCCGACAGGCCGAGAAGUUUGGCGACCAGAAUGCUUUUGGCAAGUGGUUGGUUUGCACCAUCACCGGUCCCGGUCCCACUUCUAGCUGCAGCUGCUCAUAGAAUACCAGAGAAACACCCGAGCCAAAAGAAGUGGAGGAAAGUCAUAGGCGCCUUAUCAUGUGGUCUCACCCCAACACACCCUAAGAAAUCCGGAGUGGAUGCAUCGUCAUCUAUGCUGCUUAGGUUUAACAUAGCGAGGCGUUGUACGAAGGAAGGGUACAUUCAAUUCCAUGAGCUGGUCCGACAUUAUGUCCGGAAGAGAGGAAUUGAUGCGCAGGUCGCGCAAGCCACUGUUCAGGCGAUCAUUACCCGCGGUUCGAUAUACGACCACUCUGAACACAUAUGGGCUGCGUGUUUUCUACUUUUCGGGUUCGGGAGCGACCCCAUGGUCGACGAGCUCAAAGUGACAGAACUUUUGCUUCUUGUCAAACAAGUCGUUAUGCCGCUUGCUGUUCGAACAUUUAUCACGUUCUCACGCUGCGGUGCGGCUCUUGAGCUGCUCCGGCGGUGCACGGAUGCAUUGGAAGCAGCGGAUCAGGCGUUCGUUACGCCUGUUGAGAAGUGGUUGGAUAAGUCGCUUUGUUGGAGACCGAUCCAAACCAAUGCCCAGCUGAACCCUUGUCUUUGGCAGGAGCUUGCUUUGGCGAGGGCGGCUGUUCUUGAAAUCCGGGCCAAACUGAUGAUGAAAGGCGGUCAGUUUGACAUUGGUGAUGAUUUGAUCCGGAAGGCGAUAUUCAUUAGAACCUCUAUCUACGGUGAGGAUCAUCCUGAUACAGUUUCUGCUCGCGAAACGCUUGCUAAAGUCACAAGACUGCUUGCUAAUCUUCAACACCAUACUUCUUCUCUAUAGCAUUUUAAAUUUUUUGGUAGCUAUGCUUAGAUUAUUUUACAUGUAGCAAAAUUUUCAGAAUAACAACUUCAUAUACUUCCUAAACUUACAGAAAUUCAUUUUUGUAGUGAAUCACCUUUCUCAUUACAUAUUACUCCGUAUGUUUUUCCCCUAGCUGCUGGUGAUUUUUUGUUUUUGUUUUCACUGUCUUGGCUUGUUGACCUAUUGGCUUGUCACAUGAUUAUUGAAAAGAAGUCAGAAUCUGAG